AUUCAUAAAGAUUCUAAGAUUUUUCUUAGAUUUCCUACUUAAGUACUAAAAAAAAUUUUAGCUAAGAAAAAUACUUAAGUAUCAAUUCAUAAAAAAGUUAAGCACUGUUCUUAGCUAAGUACAGUUCUUAGUAAUUUAGAAAACUUAAGUUGAGUCACCCUAGCAACGCAUAGUAUUUCCCAAACUAAAGGUGGAACUCUUGUGCGAUGGAGGUCGUAUUUUUAACAUGUUUUACGUCACAUCUGUCAAAUUUCGCAGACGUAAACAUGGAAAGCCACAAACUCAAACGAAAGCCAAACUGGAGUAGUGAGGAGUCCUUGGCACUCACUACUCUUGUUGAAGAAUACAAGGAUGUUGUGAGAGGGAAACUAAGUCCCCAGUUAACCUCUCAAAUGAAGUCGAAAGCGUGGGGGGAGAUUGCGGUAAAACUUCGUGCUAUGAGUGUUGGGCCAACUCGAACGGCAGCAGAAGUUGAGAAAAAGUGGCACAACAUUUUCUCAAAGACAAAAACGGAGAUUUCCAACCACAGACGUAUAAUUACUGGUACAGGUGGUGGUCCUCCUCCGAAGUCAUUGAGUGCUGUAGUGGAAGCUGUUACUAGUGUAAUUGGGGCAAAUAACACUUGCCUGAUGGGAAUAGAGGGAGGCAUUGAUACGUCCCUGCUAAACCUAGAUAUACUUGGUGAUGAAUCUGUGGGAAUCCAUGUAAUUGAAGGACCUCCAGAUACAGAUCCCCACAUUCUUGGAUCAACUCCCGUAGAAGUAACAUCUGUCCUGGAGUCUUCAUUGCCAUCGGUAACCUCAGGCAAUAGCAGCAGGGUCAUUAACCUGAAAAGAAAAAUGGAAGAACUAACUUGCAGGAAGCUGGAACUAGAAGUCCAGUAUUUGGAAAUGAAAAUAAGAAAGCUUAAAAAAGAGGAAUGAACCAUCCUUAGAUUAAGAGACUGAUCAAUAUUUUUGCUGUUGUUUGUCAGCAUCUUCAGGUAGUUCAGAUUCAAGUAUUCAAAUUCAUGGUCACUGUGGUUAGGGUGAGACCAGAGUAGGGGAAACAUUUUAUAUGUGACUAUCAGAAUAUGAUAUAUUUUAAAAACUAUUUUCUCAAUAGAAUCAAAGUUGCAAGCAUUGUCGAAUGUUCAUAUUAGUUCAUUUUGUGAACCCUGAGUGUAGGAUAGGGCCACAAUAAGGGAUCAGAGUUGUACAUGGGAUUAUAUAUUUAAGUUUAAUUUUAAGUCUUUAAAAAUCUUCUUAUCAUGCACUGCUAGCUAUGAUUAUAGUCAUGAUGAUAAGCAAGCAUCCUCUGCUAUUGUAUAUUCAGUUUAUUCAAAUCAUGGCUCUAGAGGGUACAGUGGGGCCACAAUAAUGGAUCAGAUUUUUACAUGUCAAUAUAUUGGAAACAUUUUUUUAGAAAUCUUUUAAAGAACUGCAGGGCCAUGGUUAUCAUAUCAAUGUAGUAUAGGAA